AUGGUUUACCUUCACGAGGAUUCUAGGUUGAGGUUCAUUCACAGUGACCUAAAAGCCAUCAAUAUCUUGUUGGGUGCGGAGAUGAACGCAAAGAUUUCAGAUUUCGGGAUGGCGAGGUUGUUCGAUACAGAUGAGACCCAGGGGAAUACAAGUCGAAUCGUUGCAACUUAA